AUGCCUUCGUUAGCUGAACUGGACCCGGAGAUAGCCGCAGCCCUGGAGGGCGAAGACCGCAGGCAGCGUGAAUCCAUAGUACUCAUCGCUUCAGAAAAUUACGCCAGCAAAGCUGUAUUGGCGUCGGGUUCAAGCGUUGUCAGCAACAAAUACGCCGAGGGCUACCCAGGGCGCCGUUACUACGGGGGAUGCGAGCAUGUUGACGUCUUGGAGAGUCUGGCCAUAGAGAGGGCCAAGGAUCUCUUUGGAGGGGAGCAUGCCAAUGUGCAGCCGCACAGUGGCGCGCAAGCGAACAUGGCGGUCUACUUCGCCCUGCUGGAGCCGGGCGAAACGGUGAUGGGGAUGCAGUUGGACCAUGGCGGCCAUCUCACCCACGGCGCGAAGGUCAAUUUCUCCGGCAAGUUGUACAACUUCGUUUCAUACGGAGUGGACCGGGAAACAGAGACAAUUGACUUUGACUCCGUGGAGAAACUGGCACAAGAACACAAACCCAAGAUUAUCGUGGCCGGAUACAGCGCGUAUCCCCGGAUCAUAGACUUCCCCCGUUUCCGGGCCAUCGCAGACAGCGUGGGGGCGUACCUGAUGGUGGAUAUGGCGCACAUCUCUGGCCUGAUCGCCGGAGGGGCGCAUCCGUCUCCGUUCCCUCAUGCCCAGAUAGUGACCUCCACCACCCAGAAAAGCCUCCGGGGGCCCCGGGGCGGUUUCAUCAUGUGCACAGAGGACCUGGCGAAAGACAUCGACUUCGCCGUCUUCCCCGUGAUGCAGGGGGGGCCGAUGAUGCACACCAUUGCCGGGAAGGCGGUCUGUUUCGGCCAGGCCCUCAAGCCCGAGUUCGCCCAGUACGCGCACCAGGUCGUCGAUAACUGCCAGGUGCUGGCGACCGGGUUGUCCGAGGCAGGGAUGCGACUGGUUUCCGGUGGCACCGACAACCACCUGCUCCUGGUUGAUGUCACCCCCCUCGGCAUCACCGGAAGGCAGGCGGAGCAGGCAUUGGAAGCUGUGGGCAUCAUCGCCAACAAGAACGCCAUUCCCUUCGACCAGAGGCCUCCCCGGGUGACCAGCGGGCUGCGGCUGGGGACCCCUGCAAUCACGAGCCGUGGCAUGGGCACGACGGAGUCGGGUCAGGUGGCUUCGAUGGUGGCUCGUGUGCUGAGAGACAUAAACAACGAACAGGUUCACCGCCAAGUGGCCGACGAAGUACGUGAGCUCGCUGCCGGAUUCCCGGUGCCUGGCAUCGACGACUAG